AUGGAUUUCGAGGGUAUCUUGGAUCACUACGCGGUACUUGGCCUGGAACAGGGCUGCAGUGCAGCGGAGGUGCGCAAGGCCUUCAGGGCCAAAGCGCUGAAGUGGCACCCAGACAAGGCAGGCAGCUCGGCGGAGGCGCGCAGGCGCUUUCAGGAAGCUACAGAUGCAUAUGAAGUGCUAGGGGAUGAGGAGAAGAGAAAAGCCUAUGAUGGCCAUUUGCAACAAGAAAAACUGGAAAGAGCUGCUGCAGAAAAGGCCGCGGCUGAAAGAGCCCGAGCCACGCAACAAGCACAACAGGGAUAUGCCGGCGCGAAUGUCAAUGCGCCUGCGGGAAAUUUUCCCUUUCCUCAUGCAAGUCAUGGGCAUCCUGGGGCCCAAUCGCACCAUGGGCAGCAUGGGAAUCGUGGGACCUAUGGGACGCCAGGUAGACCAAGCCGCCAACAUUCCAGACCGUUUGAGGAUCCGCGAAGUCGUAUGCCUCAGCCAGAUUUGAGACCGACCGCUGCGGAAGUGCAUGGCUAUGGACGUCAGAAGAUGCCAGACGAUGGGCACCGGAGACGGACAGCUGGAUACAACCCACAUGACAUGCCCAAUGUACCAGACACCAGACCAACUGCAGCUGAAUUGAACCCCCAUGGCUUUGGACAACCCUUCCGUGCCACCAUCUCUGACCUGCAAACAUUGGCCAGCUUCAGACAUGAUGGUGCAAUAUGGAUCCCUAAGGUGAAGGACGUGAAGUGGUGCAGACCCGGUGAUGCUGGGAGGGUACAACUCAGUUUCGUUGCUGACUAUACCUCCUCCCGCAGCCGUGGAGGGGGGUCACGGCUCCUGCAGCUCUUACAGACCUCCAACUGCGAUGCCCUUCAGACGUCCUUUCAAGAACACCUGGACAGAGUGGCUGGUCGCUGCAGCUACCGACAUUUUCGGAUGCAACUGCUGGACCAUCCGGGACGAGGGGAACUGCAGUUUCGCGUGAAACUCUGCUUGGAGGGGGAGACGAGUGACCUUUUGCGCAGCUUUGAUGCUGCCUGGGAAGUGGCACCUUCACAGAAGAUGAAAGACUGCCCCUUAAUGUUCACGAUGGCUCCAGUGGCCAACCCCAAGACCUUCUGCCUAGACAUCAAGAAGACCAACGAGGCACCAAAGCUGAUGGACUUCAGGAAAGGUACCACCACCCUUGGCUUUGUGUUCCAGGGCGGUAUCAUCAUCGCAGUGGAUUCCCGUGCCUCCAUGGGUAGCUACAUUGGUUCAGCAACUGUGAAGAAGGUCAUCGAGAUCAACGAUUUUCUGCUUGGAACCAUGGCGGGUGGCGCUGCCGACUGCUCGUUCUGGGAGCGCCACUUGAACCGACUCUGCCGCAUGCACGAACUCAGGGAGAAGGAGCGCAUCUCGGUUGCCGCGGCUUCAAAGCUGUUAGCGAAUAUCUUCUGGCAGUACAGGGGCCAGGGUCUGUCCUGCGGCACCAUGGUGGCGGGCUGGGACAAGAAGGGCCCCUCGCUGUACAUGGUAGAUGACAACGGCGAUCGCCACAAGGGCAACGUUUUCUCAGUGGGUUCGGGAUCAACCUUCGCUUACGGCGUGCUGGACACCGGUUACAGCUAUGACCUGACUGUGGAAGAGGCAGUCGAACUGGGCCGGCGCUCCAUCUACCACGCCACGCAUCGAGACGGCGCCUCUGGUGGCGUUGUGCGCGUCUACCACGUCCACGAGAAGGGCUGGACGAAGAUGAUUGCCGGUGAAGAUGUGAACAAGUUGCACUACAUGUACGCGGCAGAGAAAAACCUCCGAGGAGAUGAGUGA